GAAAGUUCAGCAACGUCCGUACUUGCAUUCACACUUAUCCUAGCCCGCUUGAUUUCGUCCCAAAAAAAAAAGAAAAAAGAAUCCUAGCCGCUUGAUCAAUGUGCCUAACACGUGUCAUCUCAUACUGAGCUCGCACAACUAGUAGUCUGUGUGAGUGGGAUGUACCCAACCAUAUCAUGCCUCACACUGGCAACUGCCCACCCUACCAUUGAUUUUCUACUAUUUAUACCCCCACACUAGCAAGUACCCACCACACUUGAAUCUGAUCUCCCCUCUUCUUCUUCUCAUUCUCUUGGUUUUGAGUCUUUGCCAUUUUAGGAGAGGCCUGUCUCUGUAGCAAUGGCCAUGGCUAAGUUUUUUGCUGCCUUGAUGUUGGCACUCCUUGCCAUCUCCAUGCUUCAAACCACGGUUAUGGCAAAUAAUGGACAUGGAGGUCAUCACGGUGGCAAUAAUGCAUAUGGACCUGGGAGCCUCAAGAGCUACCAAUGCCCAUCACAAUGCUCGAGGAGAUGCGGCCAGACCCAAUACCACAAGCCCUGCAUGUUCUUCUGUCAGAAAUGCUGCAAAAAGUGUCUGUGUGUGCCCCCAGGGUAUUAUGGGAACAAAGGUGUGUGCCCUUGCUACAACAACUGGAAGACCCAGCAAGGAGGACCCAAGUGCCCUUGAUUUUGAUUGAUCAGCCCACCCACUAUCGACUUUGAGCUUAAUUAUCCUAGCUAUAUGUACUAACUAUAUAUAAAGUAUAUGUAUGAAUUCUCUUUGAACUGGGUUUGUUUUGUUGGGUUAGAGGGACUUAAAAUUGUCUGUGAUCCAGUCUCUGAGAGAGUUUGCUUCAACUGAGAUUUCCUAAUCUAUUGUCAUCAAUGCAAUUUCUGGUUUUACAAAUGGAGUCAUUUCUAUAAUUUGCACUGCUUUUGUUAAUUUGAUGGGUCUCAGAUCCCAUUUACAACU